AUGAGCAGGACCAGCAUCAGCAGCACCAGCCUGAUCAGCAGUGAGCUGUGUGGACAGGAGCUGUGUGGACAGGAGCUGUGUGGACAGGAGCUGUGUGGACAGGAGCUGUGUGGACAGGAGCUGUGUGGACAGGAGCUGUGUGGACAGGAGCUGUGUGGACAGGAGCUGUGUGGACAGGAGCUGUGUGGACAGGAGCUGCGUGGACAGGAGCUGCGUGGACAGGAGCUGCGUGGACAGGAGCUGUGUGGACAGGAGCUGUGUGGACAGGAGCUGUGUGGACAGGAGCUGUGUGGACAGGAGCUGUGUGGACAGGAGCUGUGUGGACAGGAGCUGUGUGGACAGGAGCUGUGUGGACAGGAGCUGUCGCAGCUCCGCCUCUGCAGAGUCUCAGCUGGAGCAGACAUCAACACACGGGCUUGUGUUUGCUCCUGUCACUUCUCCCUCUCCGCUGUGGACAGUCACGGGGCCGUACAGACCGGACCAGACCGGGACCUCACCGGGACCACCGGAGGAUGUAGCUGCCUGCCUCCCAUCGCCACAAAGACAGACCCUUCACAGACAGAUCCUCCACAGACUGAGCUACAGGCCCACGGACAGAUCCUCCACAGACAGAUCCUUCACAGACAGAUCCUUCACAGACAGAGCUACAGGCCCACGGACAGAUCCUCCACAGACAGAUCCUUCACAGACAGAUCCUUCACAGACGGACCCUUCACAGACAGACCCUUCACAGACAGAGCUACAGGCCCACGGACAGAUCCUCCACAGACAGAGCUACAGGCCCACGGACAGAUCCUCCACAGACAGAGCUACAGGCCCACGGACAGAUCCUCCACAGACAGAUCCUUCACAGACAGAUCCUUCACAGACGGACCCUUCACAGACCCUUCACAGACAGAUCCUUCACAGACAGACCCUUCACAGACAGACCCUUCACAGACAGACCCUUCACAGACGGACCCUUCACAGACAGACCCUUCACAGACAGACCCUUCACAGACAGACCCUUCACAGACAGACCCUUCACAGACAGACCCUUCACAGACAGACCCUUCACAGACAGACCCUUCACAGACAGACCCUUCACAGACAGAUCCUUCACAGACAGACCCUUCACAGACAGACCCUUCACAGACAGACCCUUCACAGACAGACCCUUCACAGACAGACCCUUCACAGACAGAUCCUUCACAGACAGAGCUAGAGGCCCACGGACAGAUCCUUCACAGACAGAUCCUUCACAGACAGAUCCUUCACAGACAGAUCCUUCACAGACGGACCCUUCACAGACAGACCCUUCACAGACAGACCCUUCACAGACAGAUCCUUCACAGACAGAUCCUUCACAGACAGAUCCUUCACAGACGGACCCUUCACAGACGGAUCCUUCACAGACGGACCCUUCACAGACGGAUCCUUCACAGACGGACCCUUCACAGACAGAUCCUUCACAGACAGACCCUUCACAGACGGACCCUUCACAGACAGACACUUCACAGACAGACCCUUCACAGACGGAUCCUUCACAGACAGACCCUUCACAGACAGACCCUUCACAGACAGACCCUUCACAGACAGAUCCUUCACAGACGGACCCUUCACAGACGGACCCUUCACAGACGGACCCUUCACAGACGGACCCUUCACAGACAGACCCUUCACAGACAGACCCUUCACAGACAGACCCUUCACAGACAGAUCCUUCACAGACAGACCCUUCACAGACAGAUCCUUCACAGACGGACCCUUCACAGACGGACCCUUCACAGACGGACCCUUCACAGACGGACCCUUCACAGACGGAUCCUUCACAGACGGACCCUUCACAGACAGACCCUUCACAGACAGACCCUUCACAGACAGACCCUUCACAGACGGAUCCUUCACAGACGGAUCCUUCACAGACGGACCCUUCACAGACAGACCCUUCACAGACAGAUCCUUCACAGACGGACCCUUCACAGACAGACCCUUCACAGACGGACCCUUCACAGACAGACCCUUCACAGACGGAUCCUUCACAGACAGACCCUUCACAGACGGAUCCUUCACAGACGGAUCCUUCACAGACGGACCCUUCACAGACGGACCCUUCACAGACAGACCCUUCACAGACGGAUCCUUCACAGACGGAUCCUUCACAGACGGACCCUUCACAGACGGACCCUUCACAGACCCUUCACAGACGGACCCUUCACAGACGGAUCCUUCACAGACGGAUCCUUCACAGACGGAUCCUUCACAGACGGACCCUUCACAGACGGACCCUUCACAGACGGACCCUUCACAGACGGACCCUUCACAGACGGACCCUUCACAGACGGACCCUUCACAGACGGACCCUUCACAGACGGACCCUUCACAGACGGACCCUUCACAGACGGACCCUUCAGAGUUCUGUGUCCGACAUAG